AUGUCUUCAUAUAAUCAAACAGGAUACAAUGAGACUUUCUUCCAGGAAGGAGAGGGGUCUCAGGCGGAAACAAAGAAAGUUAGUUUUUAUACACCGUUGAUAUACGUUUCUAUUCUAAUAAUUUCGUUAAUGAUAUUUGCUAGUCAAUAUAGGAGAAAGAAGUUGGAGGAGCGGUCAAGACUACCUAGUAUUUUCGAUGAACAUGAUGCUCGAGAUCUAUAUUUUGAGUUAAAGGAAUUGAGUCUGACCGAAAAAGUUCAUGACAAAGUAUUAAAGGCAGCACUUUUGAAUAGAGGAGCUGAAGCGGUAAGAAGGACUAUUAAACUCAAGGAAUUUACUCCACAGAUGGAAAUACUGUACAAGAAUGGUUCUGUUGGGGAUGACUACUGGCAGCGGUAUCAAAAUGAGAUGAAAUUGGUCGACCACGAGCUUAAAGAAUGUAUUCAAGAAGCAGAGAGUUUGCAGCCAGGUUGGCCACAAAUGUUUGUGACUGUGGCCAAAGAAAUAUGUUUCAAUCAGGCUUUACAUAGAAGAUAUGAUUCCAUUCUAACUAGAAAGAAGAUUACGAUCGAACAGUGGGAGUUAAGUUUUGAUGACAACGGAAAAUUGAUUGAAUGA